UCCGUGGUGAUGCAGGAAACACCGGGCCCCACGCGCGGUCGCCUCGCUUCUCGUCCACACUUUCCUGGAAGAUCCCAGCACUUGCUCGCCCUUCACGCCAGCCAGCACCACCGCCCUAAGCAUCGAACUCCUGUGCUGACGCCUCCUUCGGUGUGCAAAGAACGCGUGCUCGCAGUGACGUCAUGUGUUCUGAGGACGGUCGGCUGCUGAUUAAUCAGCGGCCGAAAAUAGAAUUGGUGCGCGUGUCAAGCUCUGAGAGGGCCAAGAUCCCAGUCAACCCCGUGCAGCUGAGCCUCUCUUACUGCCACGUCAGAUCCACCGGUUUCUACCAAAUCUUGUGACGAUCUACACCGCGUGAGUGUGAACUGCCAGCCCGUCGCGAGCAGGUCUGAGGGCUGUUUGCUGACGACGCUCUUGCUAACUCCUUCUCUUUUCCUGACACCACGUACAACGAAUUCCCCUCACAGCGGGGCCACGACCAAGUACCGGGUGUGGAGGGGAUUCAGUCGCAGCGCGCGAGACGUCAGCGCAGUUGCGCAGCCCUCUGGCCCUCGGCCCGCCGUGAGUGUCGCCGUGAUGGAGAAGCUCACGCCUCGAGCAGCCCGGCCGGUGAGCCAGAAGGCGAGCACCCUACCGUACUCGGCUGCCUCCGGUCCGCAGCCCGUCGGCGGGCGCCGAAACCGAGGCUUCGGAGCUUUCUUGAGGAGAAUUAGUCCGCGACUGAAGCGGACGCCGUCGCCGGAUCAGCCGUGGACCAAGGCGGAGCCGCACCACGCGGACCGCACCUCCGUCGCCUCCGACCACAGCUACGAGACGGCGAUGCAAAUCCGGCGCCGCCAGGAUCUCAUCCACAACGAUGGCUCCCAAGGGGGCCUCAGCAGCAAGCACACGACGCCCCUGGAGCCCGGUACCAAGAGUGAAAUCGGGCGAACGGGCAAGGGAGGGUUGAGUGGUUUCCUCACGUCUCUUCUCCCCGGGAGGACGUCCAAAGAAAAGAAAGCAAACAGUAAUCAAAGUCAUGAGAAAGCGGCAGAGCGCAAUGCUGAUAUCGGCAACAUUACUGAGAAUGAAAUCCAGGAACAGCACGAGCAGAAGCUUAUUGCGAACGAGCAGCGGCACAACGGCUCGGCUAACGCUCAGCAUAAGCUCGUUACUAAGAUUGCGCCGCACAACCUCCCAGCUACCAUCAUACCGGCCCCUCACAUGCACUCCAUUCAGGAUACACGGCCGACCUCUGACAUGACAACCAGUGUCAUUCCUCUUCAUACCAGUACUCGACCCACCGUCACGGCGCAGCGACCCCACACGCUAAACUUGGUCAACCGAAGCCAUUGCCGAGCGGGGUGGAAGGGCGGGACUUGGCCCCCCCUGCCGCCAUUGCCCCACCACCACUAUAGCAACAGCAGCUACAACAGCAAUAUCAACAUAAUCAACAACAACAACAACAACAAUAAUAAUAACAACAGCCAGCAUUUUAACAACAAUCAUACGAGCCUUUUAUCCUCCACCUUACACCCAAUGGCAUCUAUGGCUCAGCCGCUCUCAACACAGACCACUUCCGUGGACAGCAUAGGUUCCUGCUCGCUGGAUGUUAAUGCCACGGGCACUACCUCUCCAGCGACAUUGGAAGCUGUCGAUGGAUCUCGGCGGAGUCUUCGUAGUGUCAGUUUGGAGAACAACCUCUCAAGUGUAACAGCGACAAGUGCAAAUAAAGUCACAACUCCAGUUAGACCAAUUUUGAAACCACAGCCGUUUACUGAUCCAGGUGUACUACACGUCCCAGGAGACGUAGGCGACUCGAAUUACAAAACCCCAUCAUACUUGGGCAUAUCCUGUGCUGUUAAUGGUUAUAGUCGACUAAAUAGAUAUGAUUCAACUCUCCGUGAUGGCUUCCGGUCCCGUGAUGCAAGUCCUGCACGUCUAGCAUUUAGUCGGAGUAGAGAUUCUAGUCCUAUGCGCCCUGAGUGGAAGCUCUUUGAUUCUCGGACAAAGAUUUCACCUCAGGCUACUGCAGCAAAGAUUAAAGAGUUAAAAGAAGAACUUGCUCGGUUCAAGGCAGAAUUCCCCCACCCACCAACUGAACGAGGUCGGCCACCUUCGUCAAAGAGACUUGGCAGGCGCCCCUCACAAGCACGGAGCGUUAGCGUUGAUCGAGGUUACCUUACCAAGGCAGACUCUGAAACAAUGAGCAAUCAGGGCAACACAUCCACCCAGGGGCCUCAUGUCCGCCUGGUUGAGAUCAGCAUGGAUGAUUCAAAUUCAGUGAAGUCAUCAAGCUAUCAGUAUUCUUUCGAGAAGUCUGUUGUUAGAGGUGGAGUAUGCGAGUCAAGUGAUAGUAUACACUGCUCUCAUACAAACGGGGAUGCCCACAAUACCAAAUCAUUUAUCCAGUCAAGAAUUGAACGACUUUAUGGACCAAGCGCUCUUGCAGCUGGUUUCCGUAGUCGAAGGUCUUUGUUGGAAUUAGAAAAAGAACAAAAAGAUAGACAAUCUGGUGGUGGACUUAAGAAUAUGUUAACUUCCCAUUCAGAGAAUAACUUUGAACCAGAGGAUAAAGCACCAGAUGGUUUUCCUAGUGUAUUUAGACAUUUACGGCCAGAGUUCAGAACUCAGUUGCCAGUGAAGCGAAAUAGUAGACUGAGACUGGAUACUUCCUUAGAAAUACCAAGUAUAAAUACAUCACUAGAGAUUGAAUCCCUUAGUAAGAGACCUGGAAGAGUGAUUCCAAUCACUAUAGAAGGCGAAGAACCAAUUCCACCAGUCCCGUUACCACAGACGGAUACUUUAACAAGAAAGGAUGCUAGUCACACCUCUAAUAAAGACAUAAAGAAAGUGGAGCCGAAGAUUUUGGAGAAUGGUAAUGCAGAAAAAACAAAUCCUCCGUUGAGCAAUGGCCCUUGUGUGAAUGGUAGUGCAGUUAAAGAAACCGAUAGUGUUAAGGAAGAUGACUUAGUAAAAAGAACUAACAAAGUGAAUGGUGUUGCGGAACCAUGUGAAGUGAUUAAAACUUCAAGCAGUCCUGCUAAAUUGGAAAAAGAUGGCCAUUACUUCUUGAAGGUAGUAGAGGAGGUUGUCAAAGGUAUUGAAGCUGAAGUUCUAAGUACUGAGCAAGAGUUAGAACUGCAUGGGUCAGAGAUGACAGAAGAGAUUCGUGGAAAGGUGCUAGCGGCUAUUGGUAAAGCUCGGCUCUUAGUCUCUCAGAAAAUUCAGCAGUUCAGAGGAUUAUGUCACAAGAAUAUUGCUGGUUCAGAAGGAGAAGAAUUUCCAACUACCAAUGAAGACUUGGCAGGCUUCUGGGACAUGGUGUCAAUUCAGGUUGAUGAUAUCAAGAGCUCCCUUCAAGAGAUAGUAAAAUUGAAGGCUAAUGGGUGGAAGGAGCUGUCAUGGGCAGACACUGUGGAUGGGUCUGGUAAGAAUGUUAUGACAGGCCAGGCACAAAAGAAGCCUGCUCCACGACCAGCAAGAGCAGCCAAAUCUACUAAAAGUGGUCCAAAAACAGAAGAAGGAAAAGCCAGAGAUGAAGCAAGGAAGAAGAUGAUGGAGGAGAGAAGAAGAGCCAUGAAGGAAGCCAUGAAAGCUAAAAAGGCAGAGGCAGAAGCAAAGAAAGCAAGUGAUGGCGAUGCUGUGGAGAUAUUCAUCCCAGAAGACAAGUAGAAGAAGGGUGUUGUGGGGCCCCCAGUGUGGAAUCUUGUUAGCAAGGGAUAUUUAUAUAUAUAUAUAUAUAUAUAUAUAUAUAUAUAUAUAUAUAUAUAUAUAUAUAUAUAUAUAUAUAUAAAAGAAAUUUUGAAAAUUAAUUCCAUCGCAGUUGAUGAAAUGGAAUGGUGAUAUUAAAGACAUGAUAUAACUUCUGCUUCAAUGGCUUUAAAACUAACUGACAAAUCUAGCAAGAUAAUGUAACGAAAGACGAGACUGUGUACUAAUUAGGUGAUGGGUCCAGGAGGAACAUGGACAAAUCUAUCUUUAUUAUAAAGGUCAAGCUUGAAAUAGUUCUUUUGAUGAUUGUGAUGCAUUGGGCUAUUAAAAUGUAGUAGGUGUAUAGCACUGAAAUCGUUAUGAAUAGAAAUUUGCUAAUGCAAAAAGAAUAACCCCAAAACUGCUGAUAACCUUAGCUGUUGAUGUAGCAGAUUUUUCUUUUCUUUUUUUAUAAAAUUUAUAUAUAACUUCAUAAGUAGAUAAGGUACAGUUUUGUUAUAGUACUUGAUUUUUACACAAAUGCUGGUUGGCUGAGUGUACCUGAAUUUGUUUUUAGUUCGAGGGAUUAUGCAUAGGGAACCUGAAUUUUUUAUAUGUUUAAUUAUGUACUAUAUAUAGGACAAGUAGUACCCCAGUUUUAAAAACUUGUCUCCAUGGAUAUACAGGAGGGGUUCAGAUGUAAAGUAUCAGGAUGUUACCUAGUUUUUAAGAAAACAUUUAUCUUUUUGUGCAACUGGACUGUUAUUUGAUUAUACUAGCUGCUGAGUAUGCAUAGAACUGCAAUGGAAACCAAAAUAUUUUUAAAUUCUAGCAGAUAUAGACAUGCAUGCCUUUUCAACAAGUAAUCAUCAUUAAAGUAAGUUCCAUUCUAUACAUAGUUAAGAGUUUUCCAGCUUUUAUACAUGAGUACGGCUCACAGGUUACUAGGUGUUAUAUUUAGGUUAUUUGGAUUUGCAUCUGCUUAUUGGUUGAAAUUCUUCAAGAGCAGCAUCCAAGCUCAGAAGUUGAAGGCGUAGAAAGCUGCAAAAGAAAUACUAGAUAUGUCCAAAUUCAUCAUUGAAAUCUUAAUCUGGAACUUAUCAUUCAAGUCAUUUUGUGUAUUUUUUUUCUGUUUUCUCUUCAUUUGUCACCACCGUUAGUAUGUGUCUUUUGUUUGCAUUAGUACUUAUACAAAUAAUUCUUGUCAGGAUUCUUGUAUUUCCAUACUCACAACAGUGUACAUGCAUUAUGUUGAGACAUUGUUUCUGGUUAUCACUGCUUAGAAUGAUAGGCAUUUACAGUUUACCUCUUAGGUAUCGCUGCUAGCACGAUCUUCUCAAUUCCUUCAGUUAGUGCACUUUAGUUUUUUGUUUUUUUUUCUCCAUUCCUGGCAACACACUUGAUCUGCAAGGACUUUUGUAAAUGCCAUUCACACAUCUUGCUCUUUGAUUCAGCACCUUGUCCUCUGUAUUGUCCAAGGUUAAGUGAUAGUUCAUCUUUCAUAUCCCCUCUGUACCCUGCUUCAAUUGGCAACAACUUGUAUAUGUUUGCAAUGCACCUCUUUAAUUUCGUUGCACAAUCGAUCUGUUAAUGUACCAUCACUAAUAUUGAUUGUGGUUAUUAUGUAUGGCAUUUUGGCUAUGUUGAAGUCACAAGUCAUUUUUAUAAUGUUCUCUAACGUUGCCAGCCCUCAUUUUCUAUAAUCAACUUUAAAGUAGUUAUGGUAGUUGUAGUUUUUUUUAUUUAUUCAUUCAUGUAUUAUUAUAGUGUAUAUUUGUUUCAACGAAUUACUUCAUUGUAAUUUUUUAUAGGGUGGUUUAAAGAUUGUGUUUAGUAUUAUUAAGCACUAUUUUUUUUUUUUUUUUAUAGACUUGAUUUACAGUAUGGUCAUAGGACUAAUGUGGAGAGUUGAGGAAAAAAAGAAGAUAUUGCAAGAAAUAUGUAAAAAGUGUUCAUUGUCUGAGCAGCAAACCAAGUAUGCCAUUUGACCAAAAAAAAGGAAAAAAAAAAAAAAGUAAUCUAUUACUUUUUGUGGUGUCAGUUAAUGCUAAAAUAAUAUUGACAUGGAAGAUAUAGACAAAUGUCACUGCAAAGCCUCUCUGGCUGAUUAUGAAACUGAAAAUAUUGCUAUUUGCAUUUAUUUGAUGCGAGUUUCUUGGAAGCAAAGGAUAUUUUCCUUUUCAGCCAGCACUUUAAUUUGUGUAACUGCACCCUGUUGGUUAGGUGGGCAAUAUGUCAGUAGUUUUAUAUUUAGGUAUGUCCUUUAGGUAUUCAGCACAAAUGUUUUAAAUCAGGAUUUUAAAGUGUACUUCUUAUUGUGUUAUUUGAAUUUGCUCUUUUUAUUGUUAUUAUAAUGUGAUUAUUAUUAUGAUUCUUACAUUAUCUUUAUCAUUAUUAUGAUCUUGUUAGUGAUUUAAGUAUGAAUAUUAUUAUUAUUCAAAAUUUUAUUGGUCUCAUCAUUUAUCUUAUCAUCAGCAUCCAUCAUAUCAUCCAUUAUUGUUACUGUUUUCAUCAUCACUACAGCUACUAUUAAUAUUACUUGUAGUAUUACUGAUAUAGCUGGUAUUUCUAGUAAUACACUUUAUUCUAUUGUAAGUGUCACAAUCAUCAUCAUUGCAAUAAUCAAGGUAAAGAUGAUUAUUGUUAUAUUGAUAAUUAUGAGCAUUAAAAUGAGGGUAAUAAGAAUAUAUCAUAAUAAUAAUGAUGGUAAUAGCAAAAGUAAUAAUAAUCAUUAUCAUAAAAAUAUUAAUAAGGAGCAUAAAAAAUAAUAAUGAUAAUAAUGAGCAGUGAUUAGUCUUACUAUUGGUACUUUCCCCAUUUUUUUAUAUUGCCCAUUUUCAGGGGUACAUUAUGGUAUGUGAUGUCUUCUCUGCCAAAAGCAUCUUGUAUUAUCAUUACAAAUAUUCAUACAUGGUUUUCUACGUAAAAGGGGAAAAAAUAUUAAUUUAGUUUUAGAAGCCACACUAUAAGAUGUGUGUUUAGUAGUUAUUAUCUGUCAUAUUAUUUCAUUGUUGUUAACGGUCAAUUUUGAGAAGGGUAUUUUUAUGAUGUCAAAAAUGUGCCUUGUAUCAUCUUCCUGAGAAAAUUUGAGUCAGUCAAUGUUUAUUUCCAAUUAGCAUUAAUAUUUUUCAUUUUGUUCAGCCUUUAGGUAAACGACUUUAUUAAUAUGAUUUAACUUCAUACUAUUAAUUAGGCAGCUGUUGAUAUUUAUCUAAACUUUUAUACAGAAUCUUAACAAUUUAUUAAUCUAAUGGAAGGUAUGUUGAGCCUGACAGACUGGCCAAAGGAAUGUCAGAAAAUAAAUCUAUUAUCCAGA